AUGGAAUUCAAUGACGAGGUCGUUGAUAAAGGUCCUCCUUGGUGGAAAUCUAUGAGAUUUAAAAUCACGAUCAUCGGCUUCCUUGGCGGAGCGAAUCUGUACAUCCAAAGAAGCAACAUGAGUAUGGCAAUAGUUUGUAUGGUGAACCACACUGCAGUAGAUCUGUUAUAUCGAGCUGAUCUGGAUAUCAUCUCAAGCAACACCACCAUGAACGUUUGGUCUCAGAUAUUCCAACAGGAUCGGAACCUAUCAGAUGUAGCUCCCUUAAAGGAUGCUUGUCAAUCAACUUUAUCCCCCAUGGCAGACUCAGGGGAAGGGGAUUUGGUGUGGAGUAAAGAAAUUCAAGGGCUGAUACUGGGUGGUUUAUAUUGGGGUUACGUCCCAUCUCAGCUUAUCAGUGGCUUAAUACUUAAAAGAUAUGGCAUCAGACGAACUGUGGGGCCAUUAUUUCUAGCCAUGUCAUUGUUGACAAUACUUACUCACUCAGCUGCUAUAUGGAGUCCCUGGGCUGUUUUUACUCUCCGUGUUCUCAUUGGUAUACUGAAUGGAGUAACGAUGCCGGGGUUAUUUUUUAUAAUAGCCGCCUGGGCUCCACCUGAUGGGAAUGGUCGACUAAGUUCUCUGAUUAUUGGAGGGCUGAUGAUGGGUAAUGUCGUGGUAUUUCCUGUAGCUAGUUUAUUGUGUCGAUAUGGAUUUGCUGGUGGAUGGCCGUCUAUAUUCCAUGUCUCUGGUAUAUCUGGAUUCCUGUUUUGUUUGCUAUGGUUUAUCUGGGUGUAUGAUACACCAAUCAAACAUCCUUCUAUUAAUCUGAAAGAAAAGGCUUUUAUCAUGUCCAAUAUGGAUGUUUUCAACGUCUCUCCUGACACGGUGAAUGUCUUUUUCUUAUGGGAGAUUAAUUCCUUACCAUGGUGUAAGGUGCUGAGAACUGUACCGUAUAUAGCUCUCAUUGUUACCCAUACUUGUUUCAAUUGGGGGCUGUAUUUAAUAUUGAAUAAUCUACCAUUAUAUAUGAGAGAAGUUUUAAAAUUCCAACUAGCGUCUAAUGGUGUAUGGACGAUGAUACCCUACAGCAGUAUGUUUGCGUUUAUCAUGUUGGCCGGCAUCAUGCUGGAUAAGAUGUCACAUCAUUUUGGUCAUCAUAUCUCUCGAAAAUCAUCUGUUAGUGUCGGUUUAGGAAUAUCAGCUAUUCUGCUAAUCAUCAUUAGUUAUUUAGAGUGUGACGAUUAUAUCACCGUCAUAAUAUUAAUGUGUCUGACUCUGUCAUUAUUAGCCCUCGCCUAUCUUGCUAUCAUGGUCAAUUUUUUCGAUAUCGACCCUCAGCAUGCAGGACAGUUAAUGACAUUUAGUAACACUAUAGCCAAUAUUCCCGGCAUACUCGUCUCUUAUGCAGUAGGCGAGUACACAAAAGAUAACACCAGGGAACAAUGGCAGAAGGUAUUUUUCCUGUCGUCGGGUAUUCUAGGGUUUGGGGCGCUGAUUUUUGUUAUUUUUGGAAGUGUUUAUAUUCCAAAAUGGGCGAGGACAUCACCCAGAGAGAAAGGUGUAAGAAGCUUUAAAUUCUGA